UGAGGUGUUUAUCAAGUGUGACACUACUGGUUAUUGGAAAUUAUCAGAUCCUCAAUGUUAUAAAUAUUGGUCCUGGUUUAUAGAUAAGCCAAAUAGUACCCUGGAAGAUAAAAGAGAUUUCACAAAUGGCAUUGGAACAGAAGAAACUGAUGUAAACAUAGCAGCAUCUGAAAAAAUUUCUGGUACUAUGAAACAAAAACAUGUUCUUAGUGGAGACAAGGAGCUUAAUUUAGAUGCAGUCACACGAAUAUUUGGUUCUUCUGCUCACCAUUACAUGCUAAUAGGGAAUGGAUUGGGUGUAAGGACGGCUGAUCUGAUGCCAAUACCAGGAACAGCAGAUAUCAAUUCCAGAUAUGUAUUCCAGAGGUGGUUUGAAGCCAACAGAAACAUCAGUUGGAAUACAUUAAUAAAACUUUGUGAUAAUUAUCCUGAUGAACUGGGCAAAGCAAAGUCUGAACUUCUGAAAUAUAUAGGUCAGUCUCCUGAUAGUGCCAGUUCAGAUACUCAACAGUUGCCAAACUGAAGUGAGUCAGGCAAAGUGAGAAAAAGAAACACAAGAAUAAUGACAUUAAAUUUAAUUAAGAGUAGAAUUUUUGUGAUUACAAUAUAUACACUAGCUUUUGUUGCUUAAAUAAUUACCAUAUUAUUAGCUUAGCUAGCUCUGUCUUACUAGGUUUAUUGGCACAUUAUUAG